GAAAUUGUGCGAACUACAUGUACGGUAAUAUGUACGACGACGACGUGGAACUGGUUAAAAAUCGGAAAAGUCCACAUUACGAAUUGAACAUUUGUAAAUGCAGUGGUGUUCUCGAAGUAAUUUCGUAGAGCGUAUAGUUUCAGAUGAUUUAAUCCCCGUUGUAGAUCCAAGAUCAUCUGUAUUCAUCCUGUCCACCUUCAACAUGCCUCAUCCUAAUCAACAAGUACUCCGUCAGGGAUCGCAAAGCAAGAUUGAACUGAAAGAGAAGAUACUCCAUAUUUACGACACAUUCUUCCAGGGGAAAGACCCAACAAGAGACAAUGCAAAUUUCUGGGAUGAAUUCUUUCUUCUGAAGGCGAAUGUGAGUUAUAUUGAGAAGGAACUUGACAAAUUGACUCCUGCUGGCCUGCUUAACCUGAAAGAAAACAUUAAUGCUCUGUUCUAUCACUGUGCAAUGGCUCUGGAAGAAAGCUAUCCUAUCCGUGUGGUCAAUGCACUUCAGACAUUGUGUGCGCUGAUUCGAGGUGUUUAUCAGAAGGCUAUGGUGGAUCAUGGCUUUGAUAUAAUCAACAUUCUCAUUGGUUUUGAUUCUGCGGAACAGGUCAUGCAGAUGCUCAUUGAGAGACUGAACAGUAUACUGACAGGAGACCAGUCUAUCAGCCUUAAAAAUCUUGCCUUGAAAGUACUUCUUGUCAUCUCAACAGUUGCCAAUAAUGUGAGUCAGAACACAUUACUAGAAUACCUGAUGAUGAACAGUGUCUUUGAGUCUAUUGUCCAGAUUAUGGCUAAUCCAGUGGCUAGAGGAGAACAUGGCUAUGAAGCGCUACUCUUGUUGACCAUCCUUGUCAACUAUAGAAAAUAUGAGUCUGCCAAUGCAUACAUUGUGAAGCUUUCUAUUCUGGAUGAUGAGCUGGCUUUGAAUGGAUUGGGUCAUGUAAUAUCAACAAUACUAGGAGACUUUAAUGGGAGGUAUAAAGCCCAGCAAGAUGAAGAGAAAGGAAGUGGAUGGCUCUCCUCAAUAACAUCAAUGGUUGGAAACAUGUUUGUCUCGGAGGAGUCAGGUACACAUCGAGCUUAUGUGAGAGAUCCCAAUAAUGCAACAUUACUGGCUCUCUAUGAAGCAGUUCAUCUCAACAGAAAUUUCAUUACAGUACUAUCACAUAAUCAUUCGGACCCUAGCGGCAGUGCUCCAACCACACCCACGUCCCCUCAAGCACCAGCAGUGCCUAGUGUUGUCAGUAAUUUGCAGAACCCUCAGACCGUUGGAGGAGUUCCAUCUACCGGAGGAUCUACCAACAUUCUUGUCACAUUUCUUAGUUACUGCUCCAUCAUCAUGCAAGACCUUAAAGAUGAUGAGAGAUUCAGCAAUACCAAGCUGUGUUUACUUAUUCUCUCCUGCAUCGCUGAAGACCAAUACGCAAAUUCAUUCCUCCAUGAUGCUAACCUUACAUUCAGAGUUCCUCUUCAUCAAGCACCGAUGAGACACAGAAAACAGUCCCAAGAUCUGCAAGCCAGACCGCUUGCUUGUGCUCUCCUUGAUUUGACUGUUGAGUUUAUUCUUAGUCACAUGAUGAGGAACUUGCCGCAAGAGUUAUAUUUAAAAUGUUUAGGUGUGAUUCAUAGAGUGUUGUGCUAUCAGAAGAAAUGCAGAGUGAGAUUACAAUAUUCAUGGAUCAGUAUCUGGACAGCUCUGAUCAGUCUACUGAAAUAUAUUUUGGCCAGUGAAUCUGUGUUACUGCCAUCGAACAACAUCUUUGAAUUGGCUUGCAAGGUGGUGAACCUGUUCAACCUGUUUAUCACCUAUGGAGAUACCUUCUUGCCUUCAGCAAACUGCUACGAUCAACUCUACUACGAACUCAUCCGUAUGCAUCAAGUCUUUGACAACAUCUACCAUAUGGCUAGAAGGCAUGUGACCAACAAUGGGCAAUACAAAGACUCCGCCAAUAAGCUUGCUAAUAACAUUGUCAAUAUCAGAGCUAUUAUCAAUCACUUCACACCUAAGAUUGAUUCCUGGGCGGCCAGUCAGACCACAGCUCUUACAGAGGAACAGGUUCUUAGCAUCGUGAAGAACAACUACGACACGCUAACUCUGAAGCUGCAGGACAGCUUGGAUCAGUUUGAACGCUACGCAGAGAAACCAAAAGAAUCAGCCUUCUUCACACAAUUGGUGCGAUCACUGGUGGUCAACUUCCGGGUCAACUCUGGCGUGGGCAACCUCGAACAGAAGAGCGUUCUUCAAGAGUUUUCGACCAUACAGUGAUGGCGAUGGAUACCAUGCUCUGGACCCUUUGCUGCCUGUCCUUCAGAUACCGUAGGGCCCCUGCAGAACGCCUCCAUUCUGAUCUCUCGGCUGCUGUGAUCCUUGCCUCUGCCCAUGACCCCCAUUCGUCGUGGUCUCUUCCUGCUUGCACAGGGCUUCAAGAGACUCAUUUUAGAUGGGGGGAGGUAGAGAGACAUGAAGAGAGAGAGAGAGAAAAAUAUAGAGGGGGUGAAGAAGAGUUGGAAGGGGAGGAGAUUGCAAGAAAAGAAAAGAAUGCUGAGAAGGAGAAGGUACCUUGGCAGGAGGAGGAGGAGGUUGAGAAGAAAAUGAUAGAGGAAAGAAGAGAAGUAGAAGAAGUACAUGUAUGAUAUGCUGAUAAUCAAGUGCAAUGUAUGAAUAAGGAAUCUUUAAAAUGGUAUUCACUGAACUAAUAAUGGCUUUUUUUUUUCAAUAUUCUCUGUCAACUCUUUGACACUUUAAUGUGCCAGUUGAGCUUUCCUUUGCUUUUAUGAAGCUGUGGAAGUAUGUAUCAUUAAUGGCCGUCUGCGUGAAAGAGUUUGCCUGUAACAUUUUAGCUGUCAUCUCUCAUAGGCUUGAUAUUUAAAUGUGCCAGCCCUCAAUAUGGGACAGCUUUUUAGUUUCCCUUUGCUUUUAAAGAGCAGUGACAAUGUGCUUUGAAGAGUCCACCUGUGAGCCAUGUGUGGUGCAUAACCCCUAAAAUGUGCCAUUCCUCAAGAGAAUGUCAGUCAUUGAAUUUGAUUCGUGGCAAUAACAGUAGCUGGCAACUUGAUGGGGAUUUCAUACCUGAUUGCUGAGAAAGCAUGGAUGCUUGUAAGCAAGCAAGCAGAAGACUGAAGGCUUAAGGUCCUCUCCAAGGGACCUGGUAAUGAGAAGAAUGUCUUACCAGAAGGUACUAGUGUACUAAGUGAACCUAGGACACUGGAAUCCGAUAACCACCACUCAGGGUUCUCUUUUUUAUAUUUCCACAUGCAAAUCUCUUCUCUUAGAGGCUUUACCUUCAAAGCAUUGCCACCCUUAAUAUGUCAAGAGAUCAGCUCUAAUAAUAUUGGGAUAGCAAUGUCAGUGAUAGAGGCUGGUAAUGUUGCAAGCAAUAUUUUUUCAGUCAUAGUUCUACAUGUAAGUCUCUGAGGCUUUGUUAACCUUUGGACUGAACUGUCAUCAAUUCCAAGGGAUCCGCUUGCAUAACUUUAUAUCAACGGCAGUGUAAUUUAUAAAAGAGAUUUCAUAGAAGCAAUACAAACCUGACUUAUAUAAUCUCAAUAUUUCCACAGGCCGGUGUUUUACUUUGUGAGUUGAGAACAGUUCUCCCUGAGCUCUUCCAUUGCCAUUUCCUCUUAUAGUGUGCUACCAUCACAUUUUUUGCUGCAGCAAAUCAGUUAAUUCCUUUCGUUGCAUGAAGCAUAUCAACAGUCAAUUGGCAAUUUUCAAUUAAUUGCAAGACAAUUAUGAUUGAUUGGGGACCCCAAAUUUGCAAUUGAUCUGAUUGGUCCUUUGGCAAGGCGUCAAUCCACACUUUGCCACUCUCACCCAGGUGCUAAUUGGGUACCGUUAGGAAACAACUGUCAUUGUGGUUGGUUUAGCGAGGGUACUCCUAACAGGCUGCUUAACGGGCACGUUGUGGUCUAGUGGUUCUGACUCUCGCCUUUCAACAGAGGGUGGUGGGUUCGAAUCCUAGGCAUGGCGUGUUUUCCUUCAGCAAGAAAUUUAUCCACACUGUGCUGCACUCAACCCAGGUGAGGUGAAUGGGUACCCGGCAGAUUAAUCCCUUGCAUGCACCGAGCGCUGGUGAUGGUAGCUUGAGCUAAAGCCGGGGUAAUAAUAGCAGAGCUUUGUAUCCUCUGGCAAAAAGCACUUUAUAAAUCCAGCUAUUAUUAUUAUUAUUAUUAUUAUUAAAAAGCUAUGAAUCCAGUGAUCUGGUAAUAAUAAUUGUGCAGUGCUUUGAGCAGUCACAGAUUUAUAUCGCGCACUAUAAAAGCCAAUUAUUAUUAUUAUGAAUUUCUAGCUCCAGCCCAAUAUGUCUAGUACAGUAAGUUCCUGCACAGUGUGCUUCAACCAAGUCAUGAAAUUGAGGCUGAAAAUGGAGAACGUUGAAAAUGGCCAACACAGAAAAGCACACAAUGGCACACAUAUCAUUUAUUUAAAAAGGCCUUUCUUCAGCUUGCCAUGCUUACUUGCUGAUUACAGGGAACAAUUACUCAUUUUCUAGAGAAUCAUUUAAUAGUUUUUUAUAUGUUUUACAACAUACAGUCACUAAGGUGUCAAUAUUGUUAGAUUGUGUUCGUUUUUAUUUGGUGAUCAUUGUCACAGCUGGAAAUUGCUUUUUACUUCAUAUCAGAUUAAGCAUGAACAUGGAGUAUACAUUCCAGUUGUUUAAUCUCUGUCUAUCUGAACUUCUUUUUAGUUAGAUAUUUAAUUGCUGGACUGUUGAAAUCUUGUAUCUCAUAAUUGAAAAAAACAGUAGGUCAACUUUGAAAGCUUGGCUUUUAUUGAAGUUAUAACAAAGGUUGCAACUUGAUCAAAAGUUAGUGAACCCCACCAGAAAAUGAACAGAUUUUAAGUGUUUAAGUUCUGCCAUGUUUUAGAUAUUUAAUUGUGAAGUAAGGUGAUAACAUACAGGCGCGGAUCCAGGGGGGCACAGGGGGCAUGUGCCCCCCCCCCCCCCUUUGAGAAGCAAAAUAAAAAUUGUAAUGUAAAAAUGCCAUUGAAAUAGAGGUAAGACCCUUUUUUUUUUCUUGUCAAAUUUUUUCGGGAACGAAAUAUCCUUUAUUUGUUGUUGAAACUUUUUUUUUUGUCUUGUCAAAAAUUUCCUCCGAAAAAUUUGCCCCCCCCCCCCCUUUUGGAAAAUCCUGGAUCUGCCCCCUGAUAACAUAUAACAUUCAAUAACGUUAGUUUGUCUGGACAUGCCAAACAUUGUAAUAUUGUUGUCCACAUUCAACACUCGGCAUGAAGGAGUGUAUUUUGUGGUUGGGGUUCACUAACUUUUUUGCACGGCUGUGUACAGUAAUGAAGAGACUCUUCAGGUAAUAUGAUGUUUCCAUCAUUGCCAUAUUUCAAAAUAGAGCCUUUUCUGAGCUGCACUCGAAAUUUCUGAAUUUUAGAACUUUGCGAUGGAAGGGUUUUAGGUUUUUAAUGCCCAGUGGCAAUAAGUACAAUUAAUUUGGCCACAUGAUGUGAAACUUUGUGAAUAACUGGAGAGCAAACAUUUCAUUGGAAAGAUUAUCUUUGUUUAAAUAAUAUAUUUUGGCUGCAUAAUGAGAAUAUGACUAGUUUGAUGACAUAUAAUUUUUUAAAUUAUGAUUAAUACUAAGUUAUCACUGAUGAGUGAUCUUAUAGUCAACGUGAUAUAUCUCCAAAAUGAGAGAUUUUGGAUUUUGUUAGUACCGGUGCACCUGGCUCUUCAUGAACCGUUCAGUCACCUUGUCAAAAUGUCUUUGGCGCGUCUUUUUGCAGGAAUCCCCUGUCAAGGCACCUAGUGUCUUUUCAUAGCGGCUUUCCUGUGUUCUCCGUUGCUUUGUCUCUGAAGUGUGAGAAUUGUACCGUGUUUACACACGAGUCGGCUCGAGUGUUGAAUCCUCAAGCAGGGUCAAACGCGUGCGAUGAGGUCAACUGUGAUCGCGUUUAUACUGAAACAAAAAAGGAGAGUUCGACACGGCCCGCGGAUCACGAACGGAAGUAGAAUAGACGUCACAAAUUGAUGCCGUGUUUGACGUAGGUCAUGCAGGUUCGACACGGCUUCCUGUUUACUUACGAAAAAAAUGAGCGUGUCUGAUUUGGCUCGCAGGUUGGAACUUACGAUUUUUGGCAGAUCAAAAAGCCGUGUUCAACAGGGAUCACACCGAUCGUGUUUACACAGCAUAAAAUUGCCAUGUUGAGCACGGCUCGCGUGUCGAACUCCUGAGUCGAGUCACUGUGUAAACACGGUAUACAUGGUAAAAGGCCAUUGGCGGGAUUCCCGCGCGAAAGGACGUGGCUUUGACUUUUGUCAAGUUACCUUAUUAAGGUCAUCUAGAAGAAUAAAUCUCUAUCCUUUGUAUUAUUAAAGCAAACUAUAAAUUCUCGCUGUUAUCUUUGAAAAAAAGUUCUCUUUUUACAAACAGUAGACAAAAUUUGCAAAGAUCUUUUCUGCCGAUUUUUCAUUGUUUCUUACUUCAUCCUUUUGAGGAGGGCUACAAAAAAGCUGUGAAUGAGCAAAAAGAAAUAAAGAAGCCCUUGGGUGCACAACUUACCACCAAGCUGAUUCUGCUCACUGUGACUGAAAGAAACUAAAAUGAUUUUGCAAUAAACUCUGGUGUUGAUUUAACAUCAGCCUGGAAUCUAUAUAUGUCCACACCAGAGAUGUAUUGAAACAACACCAGUUUGGAAUCAAACCGAUGCUGUCUCAAUACUAAUUGGUGUUGUAUAAACACCUUUCUGGUGUUAGACCAAAACGAAACUGGUGUUGUUUAACACUUCUCUGGUGUGGACAUAUAUAUAUAUUCCGGGCUGGUGUUAAAUCAACACCGGAGUUUUUGCAGUGUAGUGAUAAUGUCAACAUUGCUAUUAGACAUUUACUUGCAAAAUGUGAGUGUAAGUUGGGGUGGUUGGUAAAAAUGAGAACUGUCAUAUGCGCACAAUGAGACUAUUCUUUAAUAUUUUUUGUCAUGAAAAAUUGAAGUGGUGUUUUAUUUGAAAAAGAUUAAUUCCAUGAUCAGGAAAAUACAUUUACUUUCUAGUGAUAUUGAAAACUUAUCUUUCAUUCGUACUGCGAAGCUUUGGUGUGUAGCAUUGCUGGUCAGUCUUAUUUAAUGAUACAUGUAUAGAAAAUGGGGAUGAUUUCUACCCAUCUGUUACAACAGUAUAUUCAACCUUGUAACAGUAAUUCAAAUUUCUUUAAUUUAUUGUUUACGAUACACAAGUAAGGCUCUUGAACAAGAGUUUGUGCCAUAUUCUUUGAGCAAGAACCAUGCUCAGUGCCUUUCC